AUGGCUUCAACUGCUAUUCCGGAACAAAUUUCGUUGAGAGUUUUUGUGGACAAAGAGCAAAACAGAGUGCUCUUUGCCGAAGCAGAGAAGGAUUUUGUGGAUAUUCUUUUAAGCUUCUUGACUCUGCCACUGGGAACUAUUGCUAGACUCGUAAGUAGGGAUUCAAACAUGAAGCCUUGCCGAUUCGGAUGCAUAAGCUCGCUGUAUGAAAGUGUGGGAAAUCUGGACCCCAAGUAUUUGAAUUCGGAGACAUGCAAGCAAAUGCUGCUUCAGCCAAGGAACUCCAUGGAACGUUAUAAUCAAAACCUCAAACUCAACAUUGAUGACACUCAACCAACCAAGUAUUAUGCUUGUGAACGUUGUCUUUUUCAAGGACCUUCUCUGGUGACCACUUCCAAGAAUAUGAAAUGCAAAUGUGGGCGGGAUUUUACGUUCCUUCUGAACGCUUGCGGAUCGCUCUUAUGCAGUCCUGUGGUUAGUGGAUCUGAUAAAAACGCGGGUGAUAGUGAUACUAGAGAGGACACAUGGGAAGGCUAUGUAAAGGAGACUGCAUCUUUUAUUAUUUCUGAUGAUCUCUCUGUAAACUCUGCUGAUUUGAGCACAAUAUUGUGUCUGCUAAAGAAUCUAGGCUCUAAAGAUCCACCCCAGGAAUCCACUGUGGUUCUUUGCUCAAAAGAGAUCUUGGACCUACUCAAGUGCUUGAUAAUCUCGAAGACGGCACUCACAGAUUCAUUGUUAAGGAAGGAGCACAGCCUUGUGAAUUCUGAAACCUUUCUCAAGAUAACUGAGAGACUAGGCAGAGAGAACACUAGGACGAUGAAGAUGAGGGUAUUGAUCAGAAAAUCAAAGUUCAAGAUAUUGUUUGCUCAAGUUGAGGAAGAUGUCAUGGACCAGCUUCUUAGUUUCUUGACAUUCCCAGUAGGAGCAGUAGAAAGAGUUUUAGAAGGAAACUCUGGAUUGGAAUGCGUCGACAAAUUAUAUAACAGUUUGUUCAAUUUUGAUUCAACGGGAGACUUGAAGUCAGAGAAGUUGAAAAAUGUGUUCGCCAACCUCAUGAUAGCCCCAUUCUUUAAUGUUAAUAACCAGAUGUUACCUAUUGAGGAACUAAAGUGUCCGUCUCGGUUAAAUUGUUGCUCUAACGACUACGCUGCUGGUCCAUAUUAUUUGACUACCGAUACUAGUUUGUAUGUCCGUGGUGUGAGAAGAGUAAGAAUGUGCGACCCUAAGUCCCCAGUAACGGAGGACAAAUCAGGCAGUGGAUAUGCAAAGAGUGGAACCAAGUUCAUGGUUGCUGAUGACUUGUCUGUGAAACCUUUAUCAUGUCAUGAUGUUUUAUCACCUUUGACUGAAUUCAAGGUGCCUUACCAUGACUUGGAAGAAAGAACAAUCUACAUUGGGGUACAAGAGGUUAUGAGCAUCCUUAAAGCUUCCAUGGUUUCAACAUCAGCUUUGACAAUUGGCCUGAAGGAAUUUUUAUCAAAUAAUAUUAAAGAAGAGGGUGAAACGAAGACGCAAAGCAGAAACAUAACUGUUGGCUAG